AUGCAAAUACGUGCCGGGGGCCGCAGGCUGGGGCCUCGUACGGAGGACGUGGGGAGGACGCAGCUCACAGUGUUUGUGCGAUUUAACUCCAGUCAUGGAUUUCCAGUGGAGGUAGAGGAGGGGGCAAGUGUGGCUCAGCUGAAGGAGACAGUGGGCCGUCUGCAGGGCGUGCAGCCUGAGCAGUUGAGGGUCAUUUUUGCUGGGCGAGAACUCCGCAGUGACAGCACACUGCAGGGCUGCGAUCUCCCAGAGCAGAGCACGGUCCACGUGGUUCUACCCCCGCCCGGUUCAGUCCGACACUCUCAGAUGGUUCUCCAGCGGCGGUUAGGCAGAGGUGUGGACAGCCUGACCCGUUUGGACCUGAGCACCUCGAGGCUACCUACCACCUCCACUGGUCUGGCUGUCAUCUUAGAGUCAGAUCCUGAAGGCCAAAGCCAGUCCCCCACGCAUACAGAAAGCAAAUCCCAUAGCAGCUUCUAUGUGUUCUGUAAGAGUGUGUGCAAGGCUAUCCAGCCUGGAAAGCUGAGGGUCCGCUGCAGGAGCUGCAAACAAGGAACUCUCACCCUGAGUCGGGGCCCGUCUCGUUGGGACGACGUUUUGCUUCCCGACAGGAUUCAUGGAGUGUGUCAGUCCCAAGAGUGCGAUGGCAGAGUGGCGGAGUUUUACCUGAAGUGCGCCGCCCACCCUACCUGCGACGAGGACACAUCCGUGGCCCUUGACCUCAUAAUGCCCAAUGUCAGAGAAGUCCCCUGUCUGGCCUGUACAGAUGUGAUGAGCCCAGUGCUGGUUUAUCAGUGUGCCGAGCGUCAUGUUAUCUGUCUGGACUGCUUCCACAUGUACUGUGUGACCAGACUCAACGAACGACAGUUCAUCCAUGAUCCACGGGUGGGCUACUCACUCCCGUGUCCAGCGGGCUGUUCAGACUCCCUCAUUAAAGAAGUGCAUCAUUUCAGGGCCCUGGGUGAUGAACAGUACGAACGGUAUCAGCGCUACGCUGCGGAAGAGUGCGUGCUGCAGAUGGGCGGGGUUUUAUGCCCCGCCCCCGGCUGUGGGGCGGGACUGCUACCAGAGGAGGACCGCAGAAGGAUUGAGUGUCAGCUGGGAGACGGGCUGGGCUGUGGGUUUGUCUUCUGUCGAGACUGUAAGGAGGAGUUCCACGAGGGGGCAUGCAGAGAGAGGUCAGCCCCCAUAGCAGGAGGUGCCCUGCAGGGUUAUCUGGUGGACGAGGAGGCAGCUAUGCGUGCGAGAUGGGAACAGGCUUCCCAGGAGACCAUCGACGAAACCACCCGUCCGUGUCCAAAGUGCAGGGUCCCCGUGGAGAAGAAUGGUGGUUGCAUGCACAUGGUAUGUCCCCGCGCGCAGUGUAAAUUCGAGUGGUGCUGGCUGUGUCGUGUGGAGUGGAAUCGAGAGUGUAUGGGGAACCACUGGUUUGGCUGAGCACAACUCACACGCUCCUGCUCCAAGCUCGGACUCAGGGAAUCAGGGACGAGUAUCGUUAGGGAUGGACGCACAAUCUCAUAUUUAACAUGAAUAUGUGAACUUAACAAUCGUCAUA